ACAACCGGUUGAGUAAUAUAACUGAUUGCAAAACAAAUUUGUCAUUCAGUCAGUAGGGUUGAUCGGAUCAGUAACACAGAAUCCGAGAGCCAUGGAUUACAAACUUCUUUUUGGCUCUCUCCUCGUCCUCAUCGUUGCCGUUACGGCCAAAUCGACACACAAAGAUAAAGGUCUCGUAUCUAAGCGUAGUGCAAACCCAUGUCCUCCCGGAUGUCCAGGAUCAUGCGCACCCGCUUGUACCGCCGUCUGUUGUUCGCCACCACCACCACCACCAUUGCCCCCACUCCCACCUGCACUUCCACCACCACCUCCACCACCACCUGGCCCACCAGGACCAGACGGACCAAUGGGAAUGCCUGGACCAUCAGGACCUGAUGGACCAAAAGGACCACCCGGACCACCUGGACUUCCCGGACCACCAGGUCUACCCGGUCUCCCCGGUGCACCAGCUGGACCUUCCGGACGUGAUGGACCAAUGGGACCUCCAGGACCAGCCGGUAACCAAGGACCUCCCGGAGAUAUGGGACCAAUGGGACCACCCGGUAUGGCCGGUAACCCAGGACCACCAGCUCCUCCAGGCCCACCACCACCAUGUCCUCCCGUCUGCGUACACACCUGUAUCAAGGCUUGUGCACCAGCCUGUUGUGCUCACGGCAAGAAGAGAUCCUCUCUUCUGCAUGUUCACGAUGCGUUUCAAUCUCACCUUAAUGAAUUAUUCAUAAGCUCUCCACUAUUAAGGUUCAAGUGUACUAUCAAGUUUUUCACUCAUUCUCAUAAGGAAGGCAAGGCGACCAAGAUGGAAGUGAGGAUAGUUUUGAUUUUAUCAACCCUACUUUACUUAUCGACCCUGGUCACGGGAGCAAGUGUUAGUAAAGGAGCAGCUAGUACCAAACGAAGUCCCAAAGCUUGUGGUAUAUCAUGUCCUACAAGUUGUGCUCCAGCAUGUUCACCAUCAUGUUGCUACCCACCAUCCCCACCACCCCCUUAUCCUCCACCACCUACAGCGCUACCACCUCCACCAGCACCUCCACCAAUGCCGGGUCCACCAGGCCCUGAUGGACCAAUGGGAAUGCCAGGACCUCAAGGUCCCGAUGGACCAAAAGGACCACCCGGACCACCUGGACUUCCCGGACCACCAGGUCUACCCGGUCUCCCCGGUUCACCAGCUGGAGCUCCUGGACGUGAUGGACCUAUGGGACCUUCUGGUGCACCUGGAAAUAAAGGACCUCCAGGAGAUAUGGGACCCUCAGGACCUCCCGGACCUCCUGGACCCCCUGGUCAGCCUGCACCACCUGGACCAUCUACACCUUGCCCUACAAUUUGCGCACGUACUUGUAUAUCACAUUGUCCUUCUAGCUGUUGCGGGCACUACUAUAACCAGAAGUAAUUUAUUGUAAAUGGCUAUUAAGCUUUAUUUUAUGUUCAUUGAUGUUUUCAUCAACGUUUUGCAUAUUCGACAAGGAAUCUAUCUGCUGCACUCCGUAGGCUGUAAGAAACCUUUAUUUUAACUUGUCAAAAUAUUUGGAAAUAAAUGUUAUUAAAAAAACAGUAAAACGA